AUGAGCAAAGCUUUGAAUCAGAUUGCCAAGUCACCCUUCACGCAUAGGAUUGAAAGGGCAGCUCCUCCUCAACAUUUCCAUCAGCCAACAUUCACCAUCUACAAUGGGCGAACAGACUCAGUAGAGCAUGUGAGCCAUUUCAAUCAGAGAAUGGCUGUCUAUUCUAAGGACGAAGCCUUGAUGUGCAAAGUGUUCCUAUCUAGUUUGGGACCCGUGGCGAUGAGAUGGUUUGACGUCUUGAGGACGGGUUCAAUAAAUUCCUUUGAGGAACUCACUCGAGCGUUUAGCUCUUGUUUUAUCACAUGUACCAAGGUCCCUUGGCCCUUAGACUCCCUACUGUCUUUGUCCAUACGAGAAGGGGAGAUCCUGAAAACAUACUCGGACAGGUAUUGGGAGAUGUACAAUAAAAUAGAUGGUAAUUUUGAAGACGUCGCCAUCAGUACCUUCAAGAGUGGCCUCCUAACCGAGCAUGGUUUAAAGAAGUCCCUAACAGGAAAACCAGUCACCAGCCUGCGCCAGCUUAGGGGACUGGAUUGA